AUGGUUGUCACGCCAGGGUGUUGUUUGUUCUCCGAGGCUGCAGCUGGAUAUGGGAGUCUCCGGCCUGUUCAGCAGAGUGCGCAAUUACCACCAGGUGUCCAGUAGGGGGCGCCCUCACAACCACGAAUUUGCGUUCCCACGAAGAAGUUCUCUGGUGACGAAAUACAAAACGUAAAAUGGCGACGACUGCUCCGUCUGCGUAAUCAAAACAUCAGCUAGCAUCAGAAAUUAAAUAACCCCCUUCAACUAACCCAAACCAGUGUUUUUUGGAAUCCCGAAAAGACCCGCAGUCAUGACGGAAGAAGGGCCCUCGCAGGCCGGGCAGGACGCGAUGUUGGGUCUGGACGAACCCAAGAAGAUGACCCGCGAGGACUGGAGGAAGAAGAAGGAGCUGGAGGAGCAGAGGAAGCUGGGAAACGCCCCGGCCGAGGUGGACGAGGAGGGAAAAGACAUCAACCCUCACAUCCCCCAGUACAUUUCGUCGGUGCCGUGGUACAUCGACCCGUCCAAGAGACCCACGCUUAAGCAUCAGAGGCCCCAGGAAGAGGAAGAAGAUUAUGUUUCCUCCAUCGGACAGUGGUACAAGCGGGGGGUGGACGAGAAACCAAUUUCCACAAAGUUCCGCAAGGGUUCGUGUGAAAACUGCGGUGCGGUGACACACAAGAAGAAGGACUGCUUGGAGCGGCCCAGAAAAGUGGGAGCCAAGUUCACGGGUUCGGGUAUGGCUCCGGAUGAGCACUCUCAGCUGAACCUGGCCCUGGACUACGAUGGGAAGAGGGAUCGCUGGAACGGGUACGACCCCGAGGACCACCAUCGCAUCGUAGAGGAGUACUCCAAAGUGGACCAGGCCAAGAGAACCUUGAAGGCCCAGAAGCUUCAGGAUGAGCUGGCUUCAGGAAAACUGGAUCAGGAGCGGGAACACGACAGCGAGGAUGAGGAUGAGGACAAAUACGCAGACGAUAUCGACAUGCCUGGGCAGAACUUCGACUCCAAGAGGCGUAUCACCGUGAGGAAUCUGCGUAUCCGAGAAGACAUCGCCAAGUACUUGAGGAAUCUGGAUCCCAACUCGGCCUACUACGACCCCAAGACUCGAGCUAUGAGGGAGAAUCCGUACUACAACACCGGCAUGAACCCAGACGAGGUGGGAUUCGCCGGCGACAACUUUGUGCGCUACUCCGGGGACACCAUAACCAUGGCCCAGACUCAGUUGUUCGCCUGGGAGGCCUAUGAGAAGGGGUCGGAGGUGCACCUGCAGGCAGACCCCACCAAGCUGGAGCUGCUGCACCAGUCCUUCAAAGUCAAGAAGGAGGACUUCAAGGAGAAGCAGAAGGACACCAUCCUGGAGAGGUACGGCGGCGAGGAGCACCUGGACGCCCCCCCCCGGGAGCUGCUGCUGGCCCAGACGGAGGACUACGUGGAGUACUCCCGCCACGGCGCGGUCAUCAAGGGCCUGGACAAGGCCAUCGCCCGCUCCAAAUACGAGGAGGACGUGACCAUCAACAACCACGCCUUCAUCUGGGGGUCCUACUGGAGGGACGGCUACUGGGGGUUCAAAUGCUGCCACUCCAUGGUCAAGCAGAGUUACUGCACGGGGGCCGCAGGCAUCCACACAGCCAGCACAUCGGCCUGCGUUCCGUUUGACGACGGUCUACAGGAGGAUGAAGAGGAGGAACAGCCCAAGACCCUUCUGGAGAUGCACCAGGAGAAGAUGAAGGAGAAGAAGAAGAAAAAGAAGAACAAGAAGAACAAGAAGCACGGCUCUGACAGCGAAUCAGACGAUGAGGCGAAGAAGAAAGAGAAGCUGAUUAAGGCCCUGGAUGCGGAGUGCCAGCGGCUGAAGCGCGUGGACGAGAUCAUGCUGCUGGACGAGAGGAAGCGGCCGUACAGCAGCCUGCACGAGGUCAAGCAGCCAACCGAGGAGGAGAUGGAGGCCUUCCGCAUGAAGCGGGGCCGCGAGGACGACCCCAUGUUCGCCUUCCUGCACCCCCCCUCCUGAGCCUCCUCCGCAGGGCCUCAGGGUACCGGGCCCCCGGGGGGAGGUCCCCCGGUCUGUAGGGUCCGUCGACGGGGCAGCAGCCGCCUAACUCACAGGACCCACCGCAAACUCAAACCACACAGUGUAGGGGCUUCUUAAAAUGAUGUUUGUUUAUGCUUUUAUGGCCGAAUGAGGAUGGUUGUUGUUGUAGGGCUUUUUUGUUUAGGAGUCAUUAUUCCACGGUAAAUGGGGAAUUACCAUUUGUGCGCUUUGUAAAUAUCAACUACAUAUUCAUUAAAGGCCAUCAUUCAAAUUUUGUGAUACUGAAAUAAAUUUGUUUGUAAAAUUAA